AACAUACGUUAGGUUGUUAGAAAGUUAAUGGCUGAGGGAAAGAGAACCUCCUCAACCCUCGCUUUGGGAGAGUUUCUGGAUUCCCUGAAGUAAAAACCACGCAAAUAUCUUCUAAGAAAGCGCCUGGACGGACGUUUAAGCCAUCAACUAACUCGAAAACACGCGUAUAGUGAGCACAAGUAUGCAGGAUGCAGUAGCCGGGACGGCAAUGCUGACGGACGGCUUCGAGGACGAGAUUGACUCGGUGACUCCUCGCUCCCCGGUGGCAGGGAUGGGGGUAGGAGCGACACCAGGAGGAGUCGGACUUGGAGGCAUUGGGAUUGGUGUUGGAGGGAAGAAAGUACGCUUGUACGGGGAGCCAGGUGGACCUACCGCAGAGAGACUGGAUUUCAAACUAGCGGCCGCGGCCGUCCUCUCUUCGGGUCCGGGAUCCGGCAGCGACGAAGACGAGGUUUCAGAGGUGGAAUCCUUCAUUUUGGACCAGGAAGACCUGGACAACCCCAUAAUGAAGACAGCGUCAGAGUUGCUUUUGUCCAGCGCCACAGAUGGAGUCGAUCUGAGGACUGUAGAUCCAGAGACACAAGCCCGACUCGAAGCUCUGCUGGAAGCUGCAGGCAUUGGUAAACUGUCCACUGCCGAUGGUAAAGCUUUUGCAGACCCAGAGGUGCUACGCCGGCUAACGUCAUCAGUGAGCUGCGCACUGGACGAGGCGGCCGCUGCCCUGACCCGUAUGAGGGCCGAAAACACGCUCAACGCAAGCCAAGCUGACAAUUUGGUUAUUUUCAGCCGUAGUUUAGCAGAAGCGUGUUCUGAUGGGGACGUCAACGCUGUGCGCAAAUUACUGGAUGAGGGAAGAAGCGUCAAUGAACACACAGAAGAGGGGGAAAGCCUGCUGUGUCUCGCCUGCUCAGCGGGCUACUAUGAACUUGCACAGGUCUUGUUGGCCAUGCAUGCCAAUGUGGAAGACCGGGGCAUCAAGGGGGACAUAACGCCACUCAUGGCUGCUGCCAGUGGAGGUUAUGUGGACAUAGUCAAACUGCUUCUGGUUCACGGAGCGGAUGUGAAUGCACAAUCCUCAACAGGUAACACAGCUCUGACGUACGCGUGCGCUGGCGGCUUUGUGGACGUUGUGAAGGUGCUGCUAAAAGAGGGCGCAAACAUCGAGGACCACAAUGAGAACGGACACACCCCACUAAUGGAGGCAGCCAGUGCCGGCCACGUGGAGGUGGCCAGGGUUCUGUUGGAGUAUGGCGCGGGCAUCAACACGCACUCAAAUGAGUUCAAGGAGAGCGCGCUCACUCUUGCCUGCUAUAAAGGUCACUUGGACAUGGUUCGCUUUCUGUUGGAGGCCGGAGCUGACCAGGAGCAUAAAACAGAUGAGAUGCACACAGCACUGAUGGAGGCCUGCAUGUCCCAGGACGGCCAUGUGGAAGUGGCGCGACUGCUGUUGGACAGCGGUGCACAAGUCAACAUGCCAGCGGACUCCUUUGAGUCACCCCUCACCCUUGCUGCCUGUGGAGGUCACGUGGAGCUGGCUGCCUUACUCAUAGAAAGAGGCGCCAAUUUGGAGGAGGUUAAUGAUGAGGGUUAUACUCCCCUGAUGGAGGCAGCAAGAGAAGGCCACGAGGAGAUGGUAGCGCUGCUGCUCGCUCAAGGUGCGAACAUCAAUGCCCAGACAGAGGAGACCCAGGAGACGGCUUUGACACUGGCAUGUUGUGGAGGCUUCCUAGAAGUGGCCGACUUCCUGAUUAAGGCAGGGGCUGACAUCGAGUUAGGCUGCUCCACUCCUCUAAUGGAGGCUGCACAGGAAGGCCAUCUGGAUUUGGUCAGAUACCUACUGACUGCAGGAGCAAACGUUCACGCCACUACAGCAACGGGUGACACAGCGCUGACUUACGCGUGUGAGAACGGACACACCGAUGUGGCGGAUUUGCUGCUGCAGGCUGGCGCCAAUUUGGAGCAUGAGUCUGAAGGCGGUAGGACACCCCUGAUGAAGGCAGCGAGGGCCGGACAUCUUUGUACUGUCCAGUUCCUCAUCAGCAAAGGUGCUAAUGUGAACAGAGCUACUGCCAAUAACGAUCACACUGUGGUGUCCCUGGCUUGUGCUGGGGGGCAUCUGGCUGUCGUGGAGUUGUUGUUGGCACAUGGGGCAGAUCCUACACACAGACUCAAAGACGGGUCUACCAUGUUGAUAGAAGCUGCUAAAGGUGGCCACACUAAUGUGGUGUCUUACUUGUUGGACUACCCCAACAACAUCCUGUCUGUUCCGGCCCCUGACCUUUCCCAGCUCACACCUCCAUCACAAGAUCCAUCUCAGGUCCCUCGUGUCCCAUUCCAAGCUCUUGCUAUGGUAGUGCCCCCUCAAGAACCUGACAGAGCCCCAUCAAACAUCAUCGCCACACCCCCACCUGUCUCCAGCAUAGGUGCGUCCAAACAAAGACAGUCGGCCCUUCAGCCCGGCGGCCCCAGUGUUGUUGGUUGGAGCCCUGAAGCUGAGCCUCUGCCACCCUUCCACAUGUGCCAGCCUUUAGAGUGCAUAGUGGAGGAGACGGAGGGGAAGCUGAACGAGCUGGGCCAGAGAAUAAGCGACAUCGAGAAAGCUCAGCUACAGUCGCUAGAGCUCAUUCAGGGCGAGCCGCUUACCAAAGACAAGAUUGAAGAACUGAAAAAGAGUCGAGAAGAGCAGGUGCAGAAGAAGAAGAAAAUUUUGAAAGAGCUGCAGAAGGUGGAGCGCCAGCUGCAGUUAAAAACACAGCAACAGUUCACCAAAGAGUACAUGGAGGCAAAGGGCUUAAAAGAAGACCAGGAGGCGGGGCAGAGCCAAGGUCCGGGUCCAGGUCCUGGGAGUACUACGGUUCCGGGACCUCGGCCAAUAACAUCGGGUGGUCAAGUACUUACUGGCUCUGAGACGAUUAAAGAGGCCAGCAAAGACGAGGAGCAAGAGGAGCAACCAGGAGAAGAGGAAGAGGAAGAGGAUGAGGAUGAGGAUGACGAAGAAGAGGGCUCUGAUGAAGACGCAGAUAAAGAAGAAGACGAUUAUCACAAGCUUCCUCAGGUGGGCACAAUCCUCCACAGGGACGGGCCCCAGCAGCCUCCUCUUCCUCCUCCACCUCAGGCAACUCCUCAGCCUCCUCCUUCGUCUCUCCAGGCUGCCUUUGUCCCCAUCCAGCCCCUGCCUGAAUACAAUGCCACAGACUACCAGGGAAGCACCAGCCCUGAGCUGCAGAGGGUACUGGUGGGGCAGCAGGGCCAGCAGCUCCUUGGGUUGGGCCCAGGAACGAUACCUCAGUCGGCCCCAGAUGGGCUCAUGGUAGCCUCGCCUGCACAGACGCUCACAGACACACUGGAUGACAUCAUGGCAGCUGUGAGCAGCCGCGUUCCCAUGCUGAACACUACAACUGCAGCCACGCCCCAGCCACUCAUGCAGACGCCUACUAACAUCACCUCCCCGCCUUCUGUCUUGCCCCUCUACCCCUCUGUUGACAUAGAUGCACAUACAGAGAGCAACCAUGACACAGCUCUGACCCUCGCCUGUGCUGGAGGGCACGAGGAGCUCGUCUCCGUCCUGAUUGCGCGAGGAGCCAACAUCGAGCACAGGGAUAAAAAAGGGUUCACUCCUUUGAUCCUGGCUGCUACUGCCGGUCAUGUAGGAGUGGUGGAGGUGCUCCUCGACAAAGGAGGAGACAUUGAAGCUCAGUCAGAGAGAACCAAAGACACGCCCCUUUCUCUGGCCUGCUCUGGUGGCCGUCAGGAGGUUGUAGAGUUGCUGCUGUUGCGGGGAGCCAACAAGGAGCACCGCAAUGUUUCAGACUACACGCCUCUCAGCUUGGCUGCGUCCGGAGGUUACGUCAACAUCAUCAAAAUUCUCCUCAACGCUGGAGCUGAGAUCAACUCCAGGACUGGCAGUAAGCUGGGAAUCUCUCCUCUGAUGCUGGCGGCUAUGAACGGUCAUGUUCCAGCAGUGAAGCUGCUGUUGGACAUGGGCUCGGACAUCAACGCCCAGAUCGAGACCAACAGAAAUACCGCUCUGACUCUGGCCUGCUUCCAGGGCCGAGCUGAGGUCGUCAGUUUGCUGCUAGAUCGUAAGGCUAAUGUGGAGCACCGUGCUAAGACUGGCCUCACUCCUCUUAUGGAGGCAGCAUCGGGGGGUUAUGCGGAAGUGGGCCGAGUCCUGCUGGACAAAAGUGCUGAUGUCAAUGCCCCCCCUGUUCCUUCAUCCCGAGACACUGCCCUAACUAUUGCUGCCGAUAAAGGCCACUACAAGUUCUGUGAGCUGCUAAUUAACAGGGGUUCUCAUAUUGACGUACGGAACAAGAAAGGGAAUACUCCCCUUUGGCUUGCAGCAAAUGGCGGUCACUUUGAUGUGGUUCAGCUUCUCGUGCACGCCAAUGCUGAUGUGGAUGCUGCAGACAACCGCAAAAUCACCCCUCUCAUGGCUGCUUUUCGUAAAGGCCAUGUCAAAGUGGUGCAGUAUCUUGUGAAGGAGGUCAACCAGUUUCCAUCAGAUAUCGAGUGCAUGAGAUAUAUUGCUACCAUUGCUGACAAGGAGCUGUUGAAGAGGUGUCACCAGUGUAUGGAGACGAUCGUCAAAGCAAAAGAUCAGCAGGCCGCCGAGGCCAACAAGAAUGCUAGCAUCCUCCUCAAGGAGUUGGACUUGGAGAAAUCCAGAGAGGAGAGCAAGAAGCAGGCCUUAGCUGCCAAAAGGGAGAAGAGGAAGGAGAAGCGGAAGAAGAAGAAGGAGGAGCAGAAGAGAAAACAAGAGGAAGAGGAGGGGCAGAAAACCAAGGAGGACUCCUCUGAGAUGCUUGAGCAAAAGGAGGAUUCGGCUGAAGAAAAAGAGGUUCCAAUUGAACCUCCCAGUGCAACCACCACCACCACCAUCGGUAUCUCAGCCACCUCCACCACUUUCACUACAGUUUUUGGAAAAAAGCGAGGAAUUGUGGCCACUACUCCAAACACCAAUCGUAAGAACAAAAAGAACAAGACUAAGGAUUCAGCACCCAACGAACCAAUCAUAUUACAGGAUCCGCAGGUUGCACUGGCACAGCACAAAGCUGACAAGAACAAGAUACACGGUGAGCCACGGGGUGGCGGCGGGGGAGCGGCAGGGGGGAACAGUGACUCGGACCCCCUCGAUAGCACCGACUGUGCCAGCGAGAGCAGCAGCAGUGGGGGGAAGAGUCAGGAACUCAACUACCUCCCUGAUCUCAUCUCAUCCGCCUCCUCGUCAUCUUCCACCUCUUCCUCCUCCUCGGCCCCUUCCUCAGGAGCAGCCCAGUCCCAGGCCCUCCUGCCCAGCUCAGAGAAGAGAUACUGUUCUCAACAGCUGACAGACAACAAAGUGGACAAUAAGGUCAUGGUGUCCAUCUCAAAACCAAUGCAGAAAGCUCCAGAUACAAGCGACUCCUCCAACUCUUUGCCUUCGCCAUUUAAAACCAUGGCUCUUCCUGUCACCUCGCCCAACAGUAAGCUCAGCCUCACGAGUCCAAAGAGAGGCCAGAAAAGAGAAGAAGGGUGGAAAGAGGUGGUGAGAAGAUCAAAGAAGCUCUCUGUACCAGCCUCGGUUGUGUCCCGCAUCAUGGGCCGAGGCGGGUGCAACAUCACAGCCAUCCAAGACGUGACAGGAGCUCACAUUGAUGUAGACAAACAGAAAGACAAGAAUGGAGAGAGAAUGAUCACCAUAAGAGGAGGCACAGAGUCUACAAGGUAUGCAGUCCAGCUGAUCAAUGCUCUAAUCCAGGAUCCAGCCAAAGAGCUUGAGGAUCUGAUUCCUCGCAAUCACAUCAGAGCCCCGGGAUCUAAAGCAACCUCAGCCUCCUUUCCUAAUACCACAGGAAUCAGCAGUGCUUCGGCCACCAGUGCAAAAGCUCUGAGCUCAUUGGUAACUUCUGCUGGCGUUUCGUUUCAACCCUCUUCAUCGACGUCAUCCUCUCCUCAGACUGGGAGCAAGCUUGUGAAGGGGCUAUCGUCAAACAUCAGGCAGCCCUUCCCAGUGUCGCUGCCGCUGGCGUACGCUCACCCCCAGCUGGCUCUUCUGGCUUCAACCAUGCACCAGAUCAGACACCCUCGUCUACCCAUGGCCCAGUUUGGCGGAACCUUCUCACCUGCUGCCAGCACCUGGGGACCCUUCCCUGUGCGUCCUGUAAGUCCUGGCAGUGCCAACAGCUCCCCCAAACACAACGGAGGUACCAACUGCACCGUGGCGCAGGCCAGGCUCAAUUCGACCAACAAUGAGCCCAACAGCACGGUCAGCUCAGGAAUUCCCACCAUAACCACCAACACCACAACUAUCACUGCACCCAACAGCUCUGCUGCUGCAGCCUUACCUCAUGCCCCCAACCCAACUCCAUUUAACCCUCAGUCAAGCGUCCCUGCCCCAUCUUCUGUCAGGAAGCAGCUGUUUGCCCCGGACCCCAAACCAACAGGAGUUACCCCUGUGUCUGCUGCCUCUGCCUCGAGUGGCAGUAACACAGUAAGAGGCACGGAUUCACCAGCACAUCACAGCUCCACUGCAACUACAACUACCGCCCCCCAGCAGCCAGUCGGACCUAUCUUACAGCCCCCCAUCCAGCCCAGUAAAACCGAGUCCAGUACUGUCGCGCCACCUGGGAAAGAUGAGCAGUCUCCCGUAGAGAGUCAGCCCACAUCCAUUAGUGAAAACAUCAGCUCUGCGGGGUUCCCCUCUCCUGCUUUGGCUUUGGGUUCCAUGCCGGAGUCUCGACAGCAGUUACCGCCCUCCUCUUCUUCUGUAUCAUCUACAGAGGCUCAUCCACUAAUUCCCAACCCACAGCCCACCUCCCACCUUUCCACAGUUACUUCACAUGCUCUCUCACACAAUUUAUCACAUCCCAACAACACCAUCCCCCACUUCUCCGCUCCUGCACCUAGAGUGUCCCAUCGUAUGCAGCCAUCAGGGCCUUGUUUCUCCCUUGCUGAGCAGCAGCAGCCGUCUGUGUUUGUACCCUUCAGCGCUCAACAGGAACCCUCAAAGCAAACCCAAAACCAAUCAUCUCAGCCAACAAAUCUGCUCCCACCAAUCCAAGCCCAGGCUCCUGGCUCCCUGCAAGUCUCCGCCAAUCUGGGAAUAAUGAAUGGUUCCCAGAUGCAACAUGUUGCCAGUGCAGGCAAGCCUCAGCAAAUCCCCCCCAACUAUGGUCAUGCAGGUCUCUUCAAUUUCAGCAGCAUCUUUGACAACAGCAGCCAGGUGGGAAACAAUCAGGUGUGGGGUGCAUGCCAUCUGCCUGCAAGGUCACCUCCCAAUCAGUCAUACUCUGCCCCACCAACCUACAUGAUGGAAAACAUGAUGCCCCCACCUCCUCCAGACAGCUCCAAAGCCCCUGGAUAUCGCUCUGCCUCCCAGAGGAUUGUCAACAGCCCCAUUGUUAACGCUUUGACCAGCUAUGCUUCCAGCAUCUCUGGCAGUCCUGUCUAUCUGCACGGCCACACAGGGGUUGGCACACCCUCGUUCAACCGACAGCACUUUUCCCCCCACCCAUGGAGUGCAUCCACUUCAGGUGAACCCCCCGCCCCUCCUCCCCCCACGGUGUCCUCCUCUGCCCUCUCCACCUCAGCCGCUGCCCCUCCUCCCCAGCCAAAACCGGGCAACUCCUCACAGCAGGAUCGGAAAGUUCCCCAGCCCAUUGGCACAGAACGGUUGGCCAGGAUCAGGCAGACGGGUUCAGUCAACCCUCCAAUACUCUCGAGCAGCUACACGGCACCUGUUGGACAGGGUGGGAUUUGGUCCUUUGGGGUCGGGAGUGCCUCAGAGGCCAUGUCUGGUUGGUCCCAGCCGUUAAUGGGCAGCCACAUGAUGCACCCACAGCUGCAGACAGAGCAGUCAGCCUUCUCUCAGCACCAGCCUAUGGAGCAGGAUGACACGGGGAUUGCAAACCCUGCCAACAACUACCACCAGCCUCAGCAUUUGCCCAACAGUUACAUGGACUUCCAAAAGGGGAUGCCUAUGUCGAUGUAUGGAGGAACCAUGUUGACGCCCCACCCUCCCAUGGCAGAAGGUCCUGGGGGUCCGAUGUACAAUGGUUUGCACACAGGCGACCCUGCAUGGAGCCCAAUCAUCAAAGUGGUCCCAAACAAUGCAGAAAGCUCAGACCCACAGCAGCAGGUUUGGCCUGGUACCUGGGCACCUCACGUGGGUAAUGUGCACCUAAACCACGUCAACUAGAUGGUGUUCACAGCAGUUAAAUGCACACAGCAUGAUCCACAGUACGGACGUGUAAUACCAACUGAGGAAAAAUGACCCAACCAGACCAAGAGUAAAAAUUAGCUUUAGAGACCUCAAAGUGGAGUGCAGAGGCUGAAGAAGUCAAAGUUCCCUCGACACAAAUCUUUGAUGUGCCUAUCUCGGACAAGAAAAGAGGAACAAAAAUUAAGCUAGAGCUGAUUUCAGUGUCCUAAUGAUGCAAUCAAACAUGAGCGUUCACCUGUUCAACAGGAUCUAGUCUCUGCAUAGUUUAGCGAUUAUGACUUCAACUCACACACACUGUUCUAGGGCUGCAGGGGGCUCAACAUGAAAUAGCUAUUUAAACUUUGCCCAGAACUAGAUGAUGAUGGUGAUUAUCUAAAGAGAAAUCAGAACCUUUUAGAGUGGUAAAUACAUGUAUAAUUGUUUACAUACUAAAAAGGGUUACAAUGAGAGUAAAUUUCAUGUCGUAUAGUGGCUCUACUUUAUGUAGCCUGUAUUAAUGUGAAAUAUUUACCUUAAUAUUCAAUAAAAAGAUUGAAAAGUA